AUGGCCGGGGAGUACAGCCUGAGCAAGGAAAAGGUUCUUUUGACGGGCGGUAGUGGAUUCAUCGCCUCACACGUACUCGACACACUUCUUGCGCAUGGGUUCUCAGUGGUCGUGACGGCAAGGUCAACCGCAAAGGGCGAGGCCAUCGUCGGCUCAAUCGACGAGGCCCUGCGGUCUGACGUGUCUUUUGCUGUGGUGGAGGAUAUCGCCCAGGAGGGGGCAUUUGACCAUGUCUUCCAAUCCGGGCCAAAGUUCGACUAUGUCAUCCACACGGCGUCUCCCUACAACUUCAACGUGGGAGACCCGGUCAAGGACUUCCUCGAUCCCGCCAUCAAGGGGACCACAGGCAUCCUCAAGUCGAUCAAGGCAUAUGCCCCGUCCGUGAAGCGCGUCGUCAUCACCUCGUCCUCGGCGGCCAUCAUCAACCCGCUGAAGCACGAGAAGGUCUACGACGAGAGCAAAUGGGCCCCCUUCACCUGGGAACAGGUCCUGGCCGAGCCCAAGUUCGGCUAUCCAGGGAGCAAGGUCCUAGCCGAAAAGGCAGCCUGGGACUUUGUGGCCACCCAGAACCCAAGCUUUGACCUCGCCACCAUAAACAACACCUACACCUUCGGCCCCGUCCAGCGCCAGCUCCCCACCCUCGCGUCGAUCAACACCUCCAACCAGCGCAUCCGCGACCUGGUCCAGGGCCGGAUGCGGCACGGGCUCGAGCCCACCGCGCCCGUGUUCACGUGGUGCGACGUGCGCGACGUGGCGCUCGCGCACGUGCGGGCCAUCCUGAGGCCCCACGCGGGCGGGAGGAGGUUCUACGUGGUCGGGGGUUACUUUUCGAACAAGAGGCUCGCGGAUGUCAUCCGGGACCGGUUCCCGGCCCUGGAGAGGGAGGGGAAGCUGCCGCCCGUGGGGGAGGGGGUGGUUGAUGAUUUCCCUGCGGAUGUGUAUGGGUUCGAUAAUUCGCGGAGCCGGGGGGUUUUAGGGAUUGAGUAUCGCGGGUUGGAGGAGAGUGUUGUUGAUACUGUUAGGUCUAUUUUGGAGUGGGAGAGGAGACAUGGGGUGAGUACAUAG